UUUCAUUUUGCUAGAAGUCAGCAAAUAGGACGUUGGCAGAUCAACAGUGAAUAAAAUGAAAAUAUGGCCGCCAUUGAUGUAAAAGACUCAAAUAUACUCCAAAGCACAAGGACAAAACCAGUGUAUGCCAAUGGUGUCUACAAUAAUCCUUGGACCACAUGGGUAGAACCAUCGUUUUGCAAAGUUCUGUAUAGAAUGCUAGUGAAGGAAAAAGACCACAGCAAAAUCCCCAGUGAAAAACAGGAAUUAGAUAAACAUUUACCAGUCCAGAAGCCUGAUUUUGAUCAGUUGAUGAAUCCGCCCAAGUCUGGUGUACAAGCCACGUGGAUUGGCCAUGCAAGUGUGUUGGUCCAGCUAGACGGCAUUACUGUAAUAACAGAUCCGAUCUUCAGUGAACGUUGCUCCAUGUUUCAGUGGAUUGGACCAAAGCGAUAUCGCCCUCCACCCUUUAAAAUUGAUGAGCUGCCAGUCCUUGAUGCUGUGGUUAUAAGUCAUAAUCACUACGAUCACCUUGAUCAUGGAUCUGUGGUCAGUCUGAACAAAAAGUUUGGGGAUGAGUUGUGGUGGUAUGUUCCCAUGGGAACAAGGCGAUGGAUGCUUGAUUGUGGCUGUAAAAAUGUUGUGGAACUGUCCUGGUGGGAGGAACACAGACAUUCUCCUGACCAAAAUAUAACGUUUUGUUUGACACCAUCACAGCACUGGUGUAAACGUACAGCAACUGACACAAAUAAGGCUCUGUGGGGAAGCUGGGUCAUUAAGGGGCCAAAUCAUAGAUUCUUCUUUGCUGGUGACACUGGAUACUGUGAAGCUUUUAAACAAAUAGGAGAGGAGUAUGGUCCAUUUGAUCUGUCUGCCAUACCUAUUGGUGCAUAUGCACCGAGGUAUGUAAUGAAGAGCCAGCAUGUAGAUCCUGAGGAGGCUGUCCUAAUUCAUCAGGAUGUCAAGUCAAGUAAUUCUCUAGGAAUCCACUGGGGAACCUUCAAACUCACUUACGAGUUCUAUUUGGAACCAAAGACUAAGCUGGCUGAAGAACUGAAGAAAUCUGACCUAUCAGACGACUGUUUUGUAACGUUAAACCACGGAGAAACCAGGAUAUUUAGGAAGUGACUUUAUACAAUGGCUAAACAAACAAUACAAAUGAUCACUAAUACAGUGCCGAGUUUUACAGUUUAAUUGACCAAUGAGUUGCGUAUAUGAUUAUUGGACACUAGCCUCACGAACAUUGCUCUUUUGAAGACUGUAAUAAAAAGUUUGUCAUGUCACAUGUUCUGCACAUGACUUUUAUCUAGUGAUAUACGAGAACCUCCAUUUUGACUUUAUGAUAUAUUAUGUCAUUUUUACAUAUUUUAUGUAUUUGUCCAUCAGGCUGAAUUUUUAUGUUUACAUUUAGUGAUUUGUGGAGCGUAUUUCAUGUCAACACUAAUUUUGUGUAUUUUUAUUUGUUUAACUAAUGGACAAAUUGUCAAUACCAGUAUAUUGUAUGCAACAUUGUUUAUUUUAAAAUUUAAUAUUGUUUAUUCAUUAUUUAUUAUUUGCUUAUUUAUUAUCAUUGAUAUCAAAUUUGGUGACAAUUUGUGCAGCUGUUUUGGUGAAGUAGUCAUUUGAAACAUUAAGUUAACAAUCCACUAUAUCAAUAAUCCACCUAGCUUAAAAAACUGCGGAUGGCUCUUUAUCAUUUUUUUAUAUAUAAUAUUAAUUUUUGUAUGAAUGUUUGUGUAGUUGUACUGAUUUACUCAGAG